AAGGCGCGCGUCGAUGUACUGUUAGAGGCGGUCUGAAAGCGCAUUAUUAUAACUACAAAACUGAGUGUUGUUUAUGGGGCGUUAGGUGCUACACAGAAAAUCUGCUUUACUAAAGUGAAAAAGCUAUGGCCGGCACAAGCGUGAACUCCGCUUCACACGUUUCUGUAAACCUGCCGCGAAGACCGCCUCGACAUAGUAGAAAUCAGACCCCAAGGAGACAGCACUAUACUCGAGGUGUGCCACCUUUCAGUGGAGACAACGGCCGCUCACGGUUAUCUCGAUCAUUGCCUCGAGCCUCGUGGGGAGAUGGAGCUACUCCAUAUGAAACUAAUGAACCACCGCCAUUCCACGCAGAAAACUCACGCACAUACAGCAACCAUCGUAGUAAUAAUAAUAGUCAUCAGCAGUACCAUAACGGCAAUGGGAGACAACCUUCAACUCGUGUAUGGUGGGCCCCGUUUUCGAGCCUGGAUCAUGCUCCGCCUUCACUCUUGCCGCGAGAGUGUACUACCUGCAAAGUGACUCCUUCGACUGUGUGGGGCAUGGUGGAACAUUUUUGUCAAAUUGAACACUGCGAAAAUGUGUUAGCGCACCGACAAGCCGAGCUUGAAAGACACGGGCGUGGAGGACCGCGGUUAAUGUGCGAGCUUUGUCGCGUGUCGUUACCUAACAUACAGACCACUUGGCAUCAUUUUGCUGGAAGCAAACAUCGUAAUAAUCUUCAGUCCAUAAAACUAGAUCUUCGUAACUCAGGCUGUACAGACGUUCCUAACGAUAGUGCAUCAGAUAAUAGAUCUGACGGAGUUUCAGGGCGCUCUUCUAGUCGAGGAGAUUCAAUCGAAGAGAAUACCCAAGAUGACGAGGAUCAAAAUCGGUCUCCAAAACCUGAAGCUACGGAUGAAGGUGACCGGAAACGGCGGGAAUCCAAAACUUCGAACGAGCUUAUGUCAACCAAGUUACUGCAGCAGCCACCGCAAUCGACAUGCACAAACAGUGACACUAACAAUAAGGAUCGAUGGAAGCAACCGGCCUUGAUGUCGAUCCGAAGUCCAAAUUCUUUAAAAGAUGAACUGGAUGUGCUGCUAAAGGAAACAGAUGACGAGGGGCGAAAAUGCGCUGAGAGCGGUAGUGGGAAGGAUUUUCGAAAACAUCAGUACUUCCUUAGUUCAGAAGAAGAGCGCUCUGAUGACGAAUCCGCGUUUCGCAAUACCAAUCAAGAGAACGGUCAAAGAAUCGCAACGUCACUCGCAGAAGACCCGCGAACUCCAGAAGCUAGACCUAAAGUUCCUCGACCUUUGGUCGGCUCCACUGGGAAGAGUUUAGUUGACAAACGGAAAGACAUUUUGUCUAAACUCAGUAACUGUACUGAUGUGCGAGACUUAGCCAAACAACUACGGCAAAUUGGUCGCGGUGCCGAUGAAAAGCAAAAAACAGCCCGAAAAAGGUUGCCUGGUGUAGCUUAUACAAAUCGAGACAUUGAAAAGCAGGAAACGUUUGGUGAAGCUCGCGCAAAACAGGUAAUUCCAGAAACGGCUAUUACGAUAGAGGAACCAGAAUCCGUUUGUUUGAAACGUGAGUCUCCUAAGGAUAUAUCCGGUGUUUUUGGGACUGGUACUCAAGCAAGCUCCCCGACGAAGUUACGUGUGAAGAACGAAAACAACGAAGACUGUGCAAUCGUUGCUGCUCCGCCAGCACCGCCCCCUCAGAUGAUCUCGGAUUCGGAGGAAGGCGAGCAGGAACAGCCUCCGCAAGACAUGUCACCUCGGUUAGCGUCGUCAACGUCACAAUACAGCCACGUUCAGCCUCCCGCCGGGCCUCAAGUACUACCGAAUGACGACAUCGUGCGGUUAGCCGCAUUGACAUCGGAGGAAACAGCGGGCCAGGAGCGCCUGCGUUAUCUUUCACAUACGUUGCCGCGUGUCGAGGCAUUACUUGGUUUCCUAAGACAAGAAGAGCAAGCAACAAUAGCCCAGCUCGAGCUGAUUCGUGCAGCAAAGAAUCGAAUAGCGACAGCAGUGGGUCAAGGUCCGCAGCCUCCACAGGGUGCUGAAAUUUUUGGUCCAAGUCAAAUUCUCAACGCUAUACUUCAUCCUGCACCGCGUAAUCCUGAUAACCUAGCGUGGUUGUUUAACAAUACGAGACCACAAAGGACAUCAAUAAACUAUAACCUUCAGAAUGUUCUAGGAAGUCUAGGGGCUGCUUCAAGUCCAGUUACAUCUUUAGCGCCAGCUCCGUUGUUUAACGGCGUUAUAAAUGAUUCUAUCAACGGCUCUUUCGAUCAUACAACGCCGCAAUCUGCAACCUCGUUAGAUACUCGCAAGCGUUCCAAUGUAUCACCCGGCGUCUGGGCAAAACGCUCAAAGAGUGCGGAAGUGCAACUGGAUGAACAACUUCACAGUGAACAAGUGCUCGCAGUGAAGCUCAGCGGAGAUUUCGUGUAUUCAAGCAGCCGCGACGGAGUAGUCAAGCGAACACCUCUCAGUGAUGGUGGAGGGUCUGUUGUCAUUUACAGACACUGCGGCCAGGAUUCGAAUUCCAACUUGAAGAGGGUUUGCGCCUAUAUGCUAGAAAUAUCUGUCCACAAGAAGAUGCAAAUUGUAAAGCUUCUAACUGGUUCGGAUGACUGUGCACUGCGAGUCUUUGACGGUGACUCGGGUCAUCUGAUGAAAGUGAUUCCUGUUCAGGCUCGGGUGCUCUGUGGAUUUAUAGCCUGGCAAAAAAUCUAUAUCGGACUCAAAAGUGGAUAUAUUCAAGUAUAUAAUCUUUUAGAUCAACGAUUUAUAGUUGAGUCAGAGGUGCGACAGGUACCAAAGUUCGUAGCCGCUACUCAAGUUACGAGUUCGAAGCACAUUGUUGUAGUAACCCAAGAUAACGCAAUGAUGUUACGUGACGCGGGAACGUUAUUUUUGCUGUAUGCUGUUGAUAAGCGUGAUCAGAAAAUUACCGGCCUCAUUGUCAGGGAUGAAAAUAUACUUUUGGCAGGGGAGAGUAAAGUCUACGUUUUCGAUAAGGGCGGGCGGUUGUGUCGUGAAGUCGAACUGGAUGAGGAGAUUUUCGGGGCUGUUAUGUUUGAGUCGUGUUUGUUUGUUGCGUCUGUGGCUGGGUCCUUAAAUGGCCUUAAGUGGAAGGAACUGAUAGGUGGACAGGUUCAACGUAAAUCUCAAUUAUCCUGGACAGCAGCUUUUGCAACAGUCGCCGCCAGUAAGCCGUCAACGUCAGCAGCGAGUGCUGACUCCAAUGCGGCAGAGGUUCUAGUGGCACUUCAUUGCGAUGAAGGUUCGAAGAGGUUGGCGAUAGCAACUGAGUCCGGCCGUGUAGCUGUUUUCGAUGCCGGGUUAGCGUCGACCUCAGAUACUGAUAACGACGAAAAUCCUAACAGCUAAUAGGGCUUAAUCUUCAGAGCAGAGAAACUGGAGGCUUAUCAAUCGUUGAUGUCAAUACGCUCAGUGGGAGUAAGUUUAUUUAUUAAGAGAAAAUGAUAUGAAACUUUGUAAUCUAAUCUCCGAUGUAAUGAUUCGUUGACGUAUAAAUGAGAGAUUACUUAGUAUUCGUGACCUCUGAAUGCAAAGGUUACCAGCUCGUCAAAUCCAUUACUCUAGACUUGCUCUAGACCAACUUGCUCAGAUUAGUAUAGAAAUAAAGAAUUACUUUGGCUGUAGAUUUUGGAGGGUUACGGUAGUCAAGCGAUCGUUACAUAUAUAUGGAUGUCCUGCUAAAGUCACCCAACGCCAGGGCUAACCUCUUAGGCAUGAUUUAUUUUUUACGCGUAGGUAUACAGUUCCAAAAUUUAUUAGUAAAUCCGUACGAAGCAGGUUGCCUCUAAUGGACUGUUACAUAUCGACGCUUUUGACUUCUUUUCAGACAGCCACAUAAGGUAAAGUUUACUAUAAGCGAAAUAUACUUUACACCUGGGCCUAAUUGUCGAUCGCAAUGCCUUAGUUUUUCGUUUCUUCGUCUUAUCUCGUUGCUUAAUCUGCCUUUUCACGGAAAUGUGAUGCCAUGUCCGAAAAUGGAGUUUAGCUUGGGGGGUUUGCUUCUUGUGUAUUAUUUAUGGGACACGUGCGUGUUUGUGGUCAAACGUAUUUAUACCAUAAUUGUCAACAGCUUACGACUCUAAUAGCCAACUGCUGCAGUGAAUAGGGUGCCCUUCGGGCCAGGAAUUCUCCUAUUAAAUGUUUUAGUUCGUGGUAAAAAAAAAAAUCUAAAAAUGGCUCCGUUCAUCUGCCGUUACUCUACCAAUGUUAAGCGCGAAUGCUGACACAAAAGAUUACAAUGUGGGACGUUGUCACCAGUGGCUACAACAGUAGAACUGUCAAAGUGAUAUAGUUGAUUUUUUACGUUGUUAAUGAUUGUAUUUUUUGCACGAGAGAUGCAUUUUCACGAAACGUUAUAGACAAUUAUAACAACAUAACAGUCUUAUAAACGCUAAAAGUUAAGUGUUUUUAAUAUUUAGUGCGAUGUAAGUGAAUAUCUGACAGUCAUUCGUGUAUAUAACGCAUUCAAAGAAAUGGAUUGCUAGUUAACCAUUGUACAGUUUUGUUCAUUUCAACUUUUUCAACUUACAGAUCAAUUAAGA